UAUUAUAGAUUCCAAAAAAAAGCCACACUUCUCUCUCUUUCUUUCCUUCGUUCCGAUUCCGUGACUCAAUCAAUCAUGGAGGAGCUGCCGUCUACGCUGGUGGUGGAAAUCCUGAGUCGACUCAGCGACUCGGCGGAUCUCGCACGGUGCAGGCUCGUCUGCAAGAGCUUCAACGCGGCUGCCGACGACGUUCGCUCGGUGAUCCUGGCGUGCUCCAUGUCUCGCUACCUCAAGUCCCGCUCGCCGGAGACCAGGCACCAAAUCACCCCUUUCAAAACCGUUUUCAGAGACCUCGUUCGCCGGUGCCGGAAUCUGGAGUUGGUUUCUCUCGGCGUCGACCGCUCCCUCGGUGGCAUCUCCUUCGACGACGUGGAGGAUGAAUCCGAUGAUCUCUACCUCACCGAUAUCAACUUCUUGAAGGACUGGUUACCCUCCGUUUCACACAAUCUCAGAUCGUUUUCCGUCUCUGAUUUCUGGGUUCAAUCUUGCUGGAGACGAUCUGAAGCGUUGUGCUUAAUCUCUUCCACCUGUAAUAAUCUGGUGCAGUUGGUGAUAAAAAAUGCUUGGUUAUCGGUGGAUGGUUUGUGUUCGAUGCCGACGCUGAGGGAUUUGACGCUUGAGUUUGUGAGGCUGGAUGAUAAGGACCUGAGCAUGAUCAACACCUGUUUCCCUAAUCUCACCAAGCUCAAUCUUAUUGGGGUUGGAGAACUUAAGGAGCCAAAGAUUAAUCUUUUGCACCUUAGAACUUGUCAAUGGUCUGUUUCUAAUGCUCCCCUUACUUUGAUAAUAAACGCACCUAGCCUUGUUGAUUUUCAUCUCAAGUGCAUCAAACCUAGGUUGAUUUCCAUUGAAGCCCCAUCCUUGACCACUUUCAAUCUCUCUCUUGAGAGCACCAAUGAACUUAAGUUGAAAAAUUGUAGUAACAUACAAUGUCUUCAGCUCAAUAUGGAUUUACUCUUUCUUGGUCUCAUGUUUAGCAUGCUCCGCCAUUAUGUCUCUGUAAAGAGGCUUACUUUAGAUUUGGUGAGAAGACUAGAGGAUGAGGGGCUUGGAGUGAGUGGGUUUGGUCUUGAUAAGUUGUUGGAUUAUUUACCCAACAUAAGCUAUCUUAACUUAGGUCCCGGUGCUUGGCAUGUGAUGGAACAUUCUUUCUUCAGGGGAGGUAUGAAAGAUAGGAUGGGGAUGAAGACCCUAAAAGAACUUGUUGCACAUGUGGUGGUCCGUGAAAUUGAGAUUACCGUAGAUUUUAUUUUCGCAGUUUUGGAUAGAUGCACGAAAUUGUCAGACAUUUCUCUGCUCAUCCACCGAGAUGUUGAUUCUUAUGAUGCUAGCAGCCUCAUCUCUGCAUGCAGAGGCAAAUUCCCAAGAGUUAGAUGGAGAUGGGAAUAUGGAAAGAAGGAUUCAAGGACACUUGGGUCUCUGAUGGCAACUGGUUUGGCUUAUAAAAGGGAGAGUCAUCUUUGAUUUGUGUAGCUAUUUGGCAGUACAGAGAUGUUGUUAGGACAUGAAGUAAGAGUAAGCAUCAGAUGUUAAGAAACUCAAGGUAGCACCAAAAGUCUUUCCAGGCAGUGUUAGAAAAUUUGAGAAAGUUGGAAGAAGCUAGAUGAGGAAGCAGAAAGGGCAGUAUAGACCAUAGUAGCAUGCGUGUUGAGAAAAGUUGUUUUGAACUGGAUUGACAAAGAAGAUGAAUUUGGAAGAAACCAGAUAUAUCAGAGCUGGCAUUCUUCUAUGAAUUUAUGUCUGAAGUGUGAACUAUGAAGCGGCAUUGCAAAAUAUCAUAUGUUUGGAUGUGGAUAGAUUUUUUUUUUUAUACUCACAUUUAUGUGUCUAGAAUUAGAUCUUUGUCCUGGUCAUGAGCAUUGAUCACUUGUUGUAAACUUAUGUAUAUUCUUGGAUUAUUCAUGCCUGUUGUGCUUUCAUUUCAUAUAUAGGAAAUCUGCUAGAAAACAAAUGUUUAUUGAGUGAAAUGCAUUUGGACAAGAAAA